AUGACAUUCCCACCGGAUGAUAUCAAAGAAACAGUCAAUGAGAUAGCGAGGAUCCUACGAUUGAGGAAGCAAACUCUCGCAAUUUCCGAAGCAGCAUGUGGUGGUUUAAUAUCAGCUUAUAUUGUCACGGUGCCAGGAGCAUCGGAUUUUUAUAUUGGUGGUAAGCUACUAUACUCGUUGAAGCAGAGAUUGAAAUUGUCGGGCUGGUCCAAGGAUGAGAUUUCAAAUUAUAUGGGUCCAAGUGAACAAGUUGCUUUGAAGUUAGCAAGAACUGCCAAAUACGAAUUGGGUUCAACGUUUGUUUUAUCGGAAACAGGAUUUGCCGGCCCAUCUACCAAUUUGUCAAUUGAUGAUGAGGAGGAGGAGGAUAAAUCUGAGGGUAAACCCAAGGAGGGCAAAUCCAAGGAGAAGAAACCUAAAAGCGCGGAUGUGGGCACGGUAUUUAUUGGGUUUACUGGUCCAAACGGCGAUUCCUCAACAAGUAAAAAAAUGGGGAAUUAUGAACGUGCUCAACUUAUGAGUGAUUUUGCCAAGUUUGCUUUGGAAUUUUUAUUAGAACAAUUGAAGAAGAGUUGA